AUGGACGGGAUGCAAAAGUUAGUUCUCGCCACGAAUGCUCGCUUUGAUCAAUUACUGGUCGACCAAUGCCACUGUCAUGAGCAAGGCAAAGGGUCAACCAAUCACAAUGGAAGUGGCAAUAAUAUUGACUACUCAUAUUCUGCUCUAGGUGGGUCAACUAACUCGAUAAUCUCCAAAAUUACAAAGAUGGAUUUUCUGCGAUGUGACAAGGAAGAUACCAUCACUUGGGUUUGUCAAGCCGAACAAUUCUUGAAGUCUCAACAAACCAUCACAGAUGAAAAAGCCCCGUCAGCACCGAUUCAUCCCAAGGGAGUUGCACCAUUGUAG